AUGGACGAGGAGCGGCGCGACCGCAGUGCGCCCCUGCUGGAGCAGGGCGGCUUCGAGUACCGCAAGCGGCCGCACCGGGACAUCUUCUUCACCGUUCUGUACUCGGCGUACAUGAUCGUGAUGGGCGUCAUAGCGAUCUACGCCUUUGUGGAUAGGGAUCGUCCCGCCUCCAACCAACUCUGGAAGCGCGAUUACGUCAAAGACUCCACAUGGUGCCCCUUCACCAAGGAGGCCAACAACUUCACUGACCUGACCACCCUGCGCUCGGACUACAACUACGGGGAGGAGAUCUUCAAUUGGGCCGAUUUCCUCCAAGACACGUGGAUCUGGAUAGUGGGAUCUGCUGUGGGUGCCGUCAUCGUUGGCAUUGCCUACCUGCACCUGGUUUCCAACUUUGCGGUGGUGAUGGUGUACGCGACGAUCAGCAUCGGCGUGCUGGUGCCGGCGGCGGGCGGGGUGGUGAUGAUCGUGCUGUACAGCGAGCCCAUCAGCGGGGGCGUGCUGUGCGGGCUGGCGUUCAUCUUCUUGGUGUGCAUGUGCCUGGCGUCAAGGUGGCUCAACCAGGUGGGUAAGCUCAUCGACGUGGCAGCGGACGGGGUGAAGUACAACUGGGAGCUCUUCUUCUUUGUCAUCAUCAUCAAGGUGUGCCUCCUUGUGUAUCUGGCCUUCCUUGCCCUCCUGGGCGUGGCCGCCAUGACUGACGGCCACUUCAUCCCCAACCCCGACCGCGGCGCCCGAGAGCAGCGUGGGCCAGAGUGCCUUGACAGCAGCGGUGACGAGACAGUCCCAUGCUGCGAGUGGAAGACCAAAGAUUGGGUCAGGACGUACUGGGUGUUCCUGGCACUGCUCAUGCUGUGGUCGGUUUUCCUGGUUUUCGAGAUCAAGGUUUACGUGAUCUCAAGCGUGAUUUCGGAGUGGUAUUUUAAGGAGCCGGAGGGGGAGGGCAGCUCGAGGCUGGCGCUGGCCAACGCAUUUGGCCCCAGCUUUGGCAGCCUGUGCUUCGCGAGCCUGCUGCUGACGGUGGUGUCGGUGGUGAAGUGGUGCCUGGAGAAGCUGAAGAAGAAGGACCCCAAGAACUGCUGCAUCAGGUGUCUGGUGUGCAUGAUUGACUGGAUGCUCAUUUUGCUGCUGCCCAUCACGGAGUUCGCAACGGUGCGGAUGGCAAUCACAGGAGAGGGGUUCAUCGGCGCAGGAGUGGAAGUCACAGAGAUGCUGGCGAGAAACUUCCUUCCAACAUUUGCCAUCUGGUACCUGCCACCGAUUGUGCUGACGUUCAGCGCCAUCCUGACCUCGCUGUCUGUCAGCGGCGUUAUUGCCACCAUUGCCUACCACGUCUUCAAAAGCGAUCUCGCGCAAUACCCCCACCCCAAGAACUAUGCAGGCCUCCUGCUGGCCAUCACGUUCCUCAUCAUCUUCAUGGUGCUCAUCUUCUUCAUCGCGCUCAUUCUCAACGCCAUGAACGCCAUCUACAUCUGCUUCGCCAUCGACCGGGACAGCAAGUGCGAGACCAAGUCGAAUGUGCAUGAGGUGAUGAGGUCCGUUCCGGACAUAAAGCAGAUGGACGAAGAGGAAAAGGUGUGA